AAGUAAAUGGGUGCAGGAAGUUGUGUGGAUUAAUCUCUGUGACCGGUCAGCAUCGGCGGACACCAUCAGAGGUCCAGGAUGUCAGAAAAUGUGACCCUCCUGCUGGCCAGCCCCACAAGCCUCUUGGACAACUCUUCUCUGCUGAAUGCCUCCCUGCCCUUUUACUGGGAGACCCCGACCUUCACCACUGCUGCUCGAUUCCGAGUCGUGGCUACCCUGGUGCUGUUUGUGUUUGCAGCGGUCAGUAACCUGUCAGUGCUACUCAGUGUGACGAGGGGGCGUGGCCGGCGCUUGGCUUCCCACCUGCGUCCCCUCAUCGGCAGCCUGGCUUCCGCGGACCUGGUCAUGACCUUUGUGGUGAUGCCGCUGGACGCUGUGUGGAAUGUGACGGUACAGUGGUAUGCAGGGGAUGUCAUGUGCAAGCUGCUGUGCUUCCUGAAGCUCUUUGCCAUGCACUCAGCUGCAUUCAUCCUGGUGGUGGUCAGUCUGGACCGGCACCAUGCCAUCCUGCACCCGCUGGAUGCACUGGAUGCAGGCCGCAGGAACAGGAAGAUGCUACUGACCGCAUGGACGCUCAGCCUGGUCCUUGCAUCCCCACAGUUAUUCAUUUUCCGGGCAAUCAAGGCAGAUGGAGUGGACUUUAUCCAGUGUGCCACACAUGGAAGCUUCCAGCAGCACUGGCAGGAGACUGCCUACAACAUGUUCCAAUUUAUCACCCUGUAUGUGUUCCCUCUGCUUGUCAUGAGCUUCUGCUACUCGCAUAUCCUGGUUGAGAUCAACCGCCAGAUGAACAGAAGCAAGGACAAGGCAGGAGAGCCUUGUUUGAGACGCAGUGGAAGAGAUAUGAUCCCAAAAGCCCGUAUGAAGACCCUGAAAAUGACCAUCAUCAUUGUCGCCUCCUUUGUAAUAUGCUGGACACCAUAUUACCUGCUUGGAAUCUGGUACUGGUUCCAGCCUCAGAUGCUGCAGGUGAUCCCUGAAUAUGUCCACCACGUCUUCUUUGUUUUCGGAAACCUCAACACGUGCUGUGAUCCAGUCAUCUAUGGUCUCUUCACACCAUCGUUCCGUGCAGACUUGGCCAGCUGCUUAUGUUGGAGGAGCCAGAAUGCUUCACCCAAAUCUCUGGACCAAUUCUCUGGCCAUAGGAGAGAAGCAAGUGGGGAGGCAGAAUCAGACCUGGGCAGUGGUGACCAACCCAGUGGACAACAGGCAUAG